AUGUUAAUUGGGGAAAUGUAUAAAGUUACAUCAAAUCUAUCGACACGAUUGACUAACAUUACAUUUGACUUUUUAAACAUGAAUGAGUUAGUCUGUCGAGAGCUUCUGUCUACUACUACUACUACUACUACUACUACUACUACUACUACUACUACUACUACUACUGCUACUACUACUACUACUACUACUACUACUACUACUACUACUACUACUACUACUACUACUACUACUACUACUACUACUACUACUACUACUACUACUACUACUACUACUACUACUACUACUACUACUACUACUACUACUACUACUACUACUACUACUACUACUACUACUACUACUACUACUACUACUACUACUACUACUACUACUACUACUACUACUACUACUACUACUACUACUACUACUACUACUACUACUACUACUACUACUACUACUACUACUACUACUACUACUACUACUACUACUACUACUACUACUACUACUACUACUACUACUACUACUACUACUACUACUACUACUACUACUACUACUACUACUACUACUACUACUACUACUACUACUACUACUUCCAUAUUGGACCAAUUUAAAUUUACUCUAAAUACUCUAUCUAUUUGA